UCAGGGUGUCUGCCGAGGAUGGUGUCCCCUGGGUGCCCUCCACCAACCUCUCCCUGGUCUGCUUGGGACGUGGUGGUCAGCAGCAUCGCUGGGACCCUCGGGCUGCUGGUGAGCUGGCAACGGGGGACCCAGGAGCCAUGGGAGUACGUGGUGGCCUGGGUCCCAGACGGAAAAGCCCUGGAGGAUGUCAGCUGGACCCGGCUUCCUCCGAGGAACCUCAGUGCUGAGCUGCUAGGCAAUUUCACAAGAGGGGUCCCCUACCGCAUCACAGUGACAGCAGUCUUUCCUGAGGGCCUGGCCCCUGCUCCUUCAGUCUGGGGGUUUGGAGAGGAGCUAGCACCUGUAGCAGGUCCAGCAGUUUGGCGGCUCCCAGAUGACCCCUUGGGGACCCCUGCAGUGGCCUGGGGAGAGGUCUCAAGGCAGCAGCUCCGGGGCCACCUCUCCUACUACACCUGGUGUGCGCGGAGUGGCUCCAGACCCUCAGUCUGUGUGAACGGUGAGCCUCCUGCCUCCUGCCCCUCCAUCAGCCCCCAAGGCCAGGCCGACCCCACCCCUGGCCCGGGGGCCCUCUGGCUGUCUCUGUGCCCUGGCUGUCCUCCACCCAUAGAGCACAGUGACUCUCUGGCUAUUGAUGUAAUGGUCUCACCGGGACAUUAA